CCUGAAGUUGAUGCCCCUCCAUAAUUGUUCUCGGAGCAGAAGUUAGAACAUUCACUUUGCAAAUUCCUAAAGGAGUCAUCAUCAUCAUAAGGCAAUAUGGAGAACUCUCUUGCUGAAAUGAUUUGUGUUCUAAAAAUAAAUACACAAUGUGAUGGAUGUAAAAUGAAGGUGAUGCAAGUCUUGAGGAACAUCAAUGGGGUGUACAACAUCACCAUUGAUGGAGAACGAGGAACGGUGAGAGUUACUGGCAGAGUGAAUCCAAGUACAAUAUUAGGGUUACUAGAGAAAUAUGGUAAACAUGCUGAAGUCAAAUAUAUAAAGUUUGAUGGUGAAGUUUUAGAUAGAAGAACUCUUCCUUAUUAUUAUGGAGGAAGAGGUGGUAAUGGUGGUGGUGAUUUUUAUGCUCCCUAUUCUAUGGGAUCAUCAUAUCCUCCACAUUUAUGUUACCAAGCAAGUCUACCUCUGCCAUUGCCGCCGCCGCUGCCACCACCACAAUACCAUCCUCAAUUAGUACCAUUAUACCCUCCUCCGCCAGCACCGGUUUGGCCGCGGCCUUAUGGACCUCCUCCUUUAACAUCUUAUUGGCCGCCGCCGCCGCCGCUGCCGCCUUUUUGCCCUAGGCCAAAUAAAAUGGCAACAGAAGAUUCUUGUGCAAUAAUGUAG